GGCCUCAUCCCUAAACCGAAACGAAAAAGCCAGCCGUUGCAAGUGGGGAGCUGCCACUCUCCCGCGGGGCGCCUAUAAAAACGGCUUUCAUGCAAAGCAUUUCUCCGCACCCACUUCUGAACGUUCACCAGCCAAACACAGCUUUAUUAAUCUCACCUGAGUAUCAUUUCACUUGUCUGCUUUUUUCUUCUCCUCUCUUUCCCUUGCCGGUAGGUAUGGCUUCUUCUUACUAUUGCAAGCUCUCGCUUCUCUUCAUCGCACUCGCUGUGGCAUCCGCGAUCCUGACGGGCCAAAAGGCCGAUGCCCAGCUGUUGGGGCCAAUCGGUGGACUUCUUGGUCUCCUCCGUAUAGAUGGGAUUCUAUUUUGCAGCCUCAAUGGCAGCGCCAAUGUCACUGCAACUCCCGUCUUUCCUAAUGCUGCAGUACAACUAAAAUGUGGAGGGGCGGUGAUCUCGACCUCAAUCACAAAUGCGUCGGGAGCAUUUUCGUUUAUGUUGAAUCCUUUACAAUUCCUAGUGUCAAAUGUGCUCAACAAUUGCCAGCUUACCGUUACCACGCCGCUGUCAACCUGCAACGCUGCUCUCCCCUCCCUCGGCCAACUUGUCUCCCCGUUGCAGUCCCUUGGAAGCACCAUCAUCGGACUCCUCAAUGUCACCCAACUCAUUCCCGGCGGGUUCCAGCUCCUCCCUCCCAAUUAAUCGGUUAAGUGGGACCGUACUUUGAGAUAUUAUCCAUGUAUACUUUCAUAAGGGUUAAAUAAAAAUUUGCAAUCCACAUAUUAAUAGUGUGAAACUAAGCGAGGCUCGGAUAAUCCCACUAUGAGAAUCGAUCCUGCAACAUCUGCAUGGCUAUAACGUGCGUCACUGCGCUACAUCAUCUUUGUCAAGUGAUUUUAGAAUAUCUUUUGUGGUAUAUAUGAUAUUUUGUUAUAUAAUUUGGUUGGUAUGCUUGUCUUAUGCUUGUCCUGUCAUGUGUCAAUCAAGUGUAAGCAAUUGUAAGAAAGUUUUCUGUUCCCUGUUAUGAAUAAAAAUGUUAACGCGUCCACAUGCCGAGAUGACA